ACAAAAGAAUCUAUACUCAGUUACCACCUACACCUGCCUUUUUCACUGAAUGGUCCCCUACUCGUAUAACCCUCACAAGACCCCCCACCACCAACAGCAGCCACCAGCAGUGUCAAGCACCAUCAAGAAACAUCUUACCCCACCAUCGCCUAGGUCCUCUCUUUCUUUUCCUUCCAAAUACCUCAUAAAUAACUCAAUGUGAUGGAUACACUUGAUGUUUCUAUUAAGAGCUUCUGCCACUCUAUUUCUCUAUUUUCUCUGUCUUUCUUUCUUAUAAUAGUAGUGUGUGAGUGAGUAUUAUUAUAUAUUACUCCGUACUUUGUUGUCAGCUCUUUGGUAGUAGCUUUUAUUUUAUGUUUUCUUGAUUAAAGAUCAAGGGAAUUCCGUACUCUGUGUUCACGUUUAGUAGAACUAACAUAGUACUUUUCUUUCUUAUUUCCGAUGCCAACGCCAGUUAGUACUGCUAGACAAUGCUUGACACGUGAAGCUUCCAUGACUCUUGACGAUGCUGUGGCCAUGGCAGGUCGUCGUGGGCAUGCUCAAACUACAUCUCUUCAUUACAUAUCUUCGUUACUGUCUAUUCCUUCUUCAUGUUUACGUGAGGCUUGCUCUCGUACAAGGAACAAUGCAUACUCUGUUCGUGUCCAAUUCAAAGCUCUAGAGCUCUGCUUAGGGGUUUCAAUGGAUCGGUUGCCUUCGUCACCCAGCAGCAGCAGGGUCGGUGAUCCACCUGUUUCGAAUUCUCUGAUGGCAGCCAUAAAGAGGUCGCAAGCGAACCAGAGACGGCAGCCGGAGAAUUUCAAUUUUUAUCAACAACAGCUUCAGAAUCAGUCAGCCUCUUCUUCUUCUGUUCCACUAGUGAAGGUUGAGUUGCGGAAUCUCAUAAUAUCUGUCCUUGAUGACCCUGUUGUGAGCAGAGUAUUUGGGGAGGCUGGUUUCAGGAGUUGUGAUAUUAAGCUUGCUAUUCUUAGGCCUGUUAAUCAACUCUUCAGAUAUUCAAGAUUCAGAGGACCACCCUUGUUUUUGUGUAAUUUAACCAAUCAAACGGAUCGAACAUUUAACUUCCCAUUCUUGGGCUUUUCUGGGGGAGACGAUGAUUGCAGGAGAAUUGGGGAGGUUUUCGUCAAUAACAGAGGAAAAAAUCCACUUAUUCUUGGUACUUGUGCACAGGGUGCUAUGAACAAUUUCUUGGAAAUGGUACAGAGCAGCAGAGGAGGAGUCCUGCCUGUUGACGUAUAUGGAUUGAAUGUGAUUUGUAUAGAGACUGAAAUCAUAAGGUAUGUUACAGGAGAAUAUGCUGAGGAAUUAGUGAAGUUGAAGUUUGAGGAGAUUGGAACUAUGGUGAUGCAUAAUAGUUUAGGUCCUGGUCUUCUUGUCAAUUAUGGAGAUUUAAAACUGUUAGGAACAGAAGAUGCUUCUAUUGAUCCCUGUAGGUAUAUAGUUAGCAAAUUGACAAGUUUGCUACAGCUUUAUCAUGGGAAACUCUGGUUGAUUGGGUGGGUGGAGAGGUAUGAGAUAUAUUUGAAAGUUUUGAAUAGAUUUCCCUACAUAGAAAAAGAUUGGGAUUUGCAGCUUUUGACAAUCAUUUCUUCUGGACCUCCAAAGGAAGAAACAUUUCCUGGAUCCAGUGCUGGAGUUUGCAAUUUCGAUAGUGAUAGUACUUGUUUCAGCCGAAGGAGCUUGAUGGAAUCUUUUGUGCCAUUGGGAGGAUUCUUUUCUACCCCAGUUGCUGAUAUUAAAAGCCCGUUAAGUUGUUCAUACCACACUGCAUCCCGCUGUCACCUAUGCAAUGAGAAAUGCAAACAAGAGGUAAGUGCACUCUCAAAGAGUGGAUUAAUUAGCAGUGUUUCAGUUGCAGAUCACUACCAAUCAAGUUUGCCUUCUUGGUUGCAAAUGACUCAACUCAACACUAAUGGAGGACUGGAGGCUAUGAAGGCCAAAGAUGAUAAAAUGGUAUUGAGUGCGAAAGUUGCUGGUUUGCAGAGAAAAUGGGACAAUCUCUGCCAGCGUUUACACUACGAUCAACCAUUACCCAAGACAAGCAACUUUCAGAGGAGUUCUGAAAUCCCAUCUGUUGUAGGCUUUCAAGUUGUUGAAGACCGAAAACAAAGUGUCAAUAACGAAAAAAUUGAAAUUGGAAGGAAGAAAAUGACUUCCACAAUUUCUUCAUCAAAUGAAAGCAGCAAUUUUCUCUCCAAGUUUAGUGAAACGCCCUCACAAGUUGAUGAUGAGCAUGGCUUCAACUCUCCAACCUCUCUAACUUCAGUGACAACAGAUUUAGGUUUGUGCAUGGCCUCUACUUCUCCAAGCAAAGAACAAGAGCAUCUGACAAGCUACAGUAGCAUUAAUCAAGCACACGACAUAUCAUGCAGUGUAUCAGCAAGUGCUGAGGUGCCUCAUUUCAUUAACCGGUCUCCUUUAUCGUCAUCUCUUCAGCAGCAAUUGGAUCCAAAAGAUUUUAAGAUGCUAUAUGCAGCUCUUAUAGAAAAGGUUAAUUGGCAAGAAGAGGCUGUAAAUGCCAUUAGCCAAACAAUAGCUCGGUGCAGAUGUAAAAAUGAAAGAAACAAUUGUCCAAGUCGAGGAGACAUAUGGCUCAACUUUCUUGGACCUGAUAAGAUUGGUAAGAAGAAAAUUGCGAUUGCAUUGGCUGAGUUUCUAUAUGGAAGCACAAAUAACUUAAUCUGUGUGGACCUAAGUCUACAGGAUGAAGUCGGGUUGUUUGAUCUUCAGGUAUUGAAUCAAUAUGACGUGAGAUUCAGAGGGAAGCAUGUUGUUGACUAUGUUGCUGAUAAACUGAGGAACAGCCCCUUAUGUAUUGUUUUCCUUGAAAAUGUGGAUAAAGCUGAUAUACUGGUUCAGAAAAGCUUGUCCCAAGCUGUUAAGACUGGUAGAUUUUUGGACUCUCAUGGUAGAGAAGUUAGCAUAGCUAAUGCAAUCUUUGUGACAACAUCAACAACAUUAGCUGAAGAAAGAACUCUUCCUUCUACCGAAGAAACAGCUGACUAUUCUGAAGAAGAUAUAUUAGCAGCUAAAGGAUGUCAAAUCCAGAUACUAAUAGCAUUUGAUCUUACAGAUGAUGUCAAAAGUCCCAACUCAGCUGCAUUGAUAACAACUAGAAAAAGAUCUUCAAGCCAAAUCUUUGUGAAUAAUAGAAAGCUUACUAUUGGUCCAAUCGAAAGUGUAGAUCAGCAAUUUGGAAGCUCAGAGAUGGUCAAACGAGCCCACAAGACAUCAAACACAUGCUUAGAUUUGAAUCUUCCAGCUGAAGAGAUUGAAAAUUAUGACAACUUUACUGGAUAUUCUGGCUGUGACUUAUCCAAUGAAAACAACACAGCAUGGUUGAAACAAUUGUUUACACAAUUUGAUGAGACCGCAAUUUUCAGGCCAUUGGAUUUUGACUCUCUAGCUGAGAAGCUGUUGAAGGAGAUCAGAAUAUGCUUCCACAAAAUUGUCGGUCCAGAAUGUUUGCUAGAGAUUGACUCAAAAGUAUUGGAACAAAUUCUGGCAGCUGCAUGUUUAAGUGACAGCAAGAAAAUAGAAGAUUGGAUUCAACAUGUUCUCAGCAGGGGAUUUGUAGAAGCUCAGGAAAGAUAUAGCUUAAGUGCUCGAUCUGUAGUGAAACUUGUGACCUGCGAGAACUAUUUCCAACAAGUGCAUAUACCAGGAGUUCUCCUUCCUGGCAGAAUCAUAGUGAACUAAAAUCUAAGUUUCUCUAUUUAUAGUAUGUAAUAUAUAAUGUAUUCACAUUUUAGCACACCUAGAUAAUUAUGCUUGUGUUACCGGAUAUAGCCCAUGUUUUAUUGGGUUUGUGCGGGUCACGUUCGUUAUAGUUUAAGCCAUAAAUUGUAAGAUUUCACCUUAGACAAUUGUCAGGUAUGAACUAUUUAUGUGUUAUGAGUUGAUCAUUCUUUCCUAUUGUUA